AUGUCGGAUAUUGCGGCUGCCAAGAUUCUCCUGGCUGCGCUCAAAAUCGGAGACGAAAAUGAAACAAAGUGAGUUUUUUUUAAAAGUUUUUUUUCAAAAAAACAAAAAGUUGGGCGGUGGGAGGAGUCGAACCAUGGUUUUGCAAACGAUAGGCAGGCGUGUUUACCACUUGGCUCUAUUUUUGAACUUCCAAAAUUGUCGUAUUUGAAAGGCGCGCUCGAAAAUCUUUUUUUCAGCUACAUAUCUAGCGCUAGAAGUAAUAUAUUUUGCAGACCAAAUUCGUGUGGAUGUGGAAAGGGAUGCUCAGUGGAGUUCGAAGAGUUUCCAUCGGAAUUUACAUUCUCAACAACUUCACUUCGAAUUGCCGCUGGUGUAAUUCGUGGACAACGUCUAAACCGCGCCGCAAACAUGCGUGAUUUACUAUUAUAUGCACAAUUUGGUGAUCUUCCUGACGUCGAAGAUCAAAAGAACGCUAUAAAGUUGUUCUAUAAGUGCCCGAACAUUAUUGAGUAUGCUGAAAAAUUUGCCGGUUGGGAGAAUGCUGUUCGUGAACUUAAGAGCGAGUUGUUCGCCAAAUUUGGUGGAUGA